CAUCAUGUCAAAGUAGUCAAUAAUAAGGAUAAUCUUUUCUGGCAGAGGUCAAGUUUGAAGUUAGGCUCUAUUUGCCUGAAUUCUCGACGUUCGCGAGUAUUUUUCCCAGUUUAAACUUCAAUUCUCUAUCAUAGCCAUGAGUAACUUAGAAACUCGACAAUUCGAGGAAAAUUUAGAACUAGCUCUCGCAGGUUUAGAUAAGCUCGAUAUCAGUACUUCCAACUACCAUGACUUCAAAAACCAGUCAGAUGAAAUACUGCGAAUUUUCUUCAGCAACUAUAAAUCGAAUGAUGAUUCCCAAAUAGAAAUUAGCCUUAAAUGCCUCAAACUGCUGAAACAAUCUUGUGCCAUGGGUGAAUCGUUUCAAAAUGAGCUGAUGUCAAAGGAAAACCUUCUGGGUAAACUAAAAUUAAUUCUUCCAGACGAGUCGGUACAAGAAAAUAUCCGAAUAAAUUGUCUCCAGUUAGCAGCUAAUUUAUGUGUUCAGAAUAAACCCAACCAAGAGAUGGUAUUGAAGGAAUUGAAAGAAUUUCUUCUACAAAGUAUUCAAUGCAACUCUAGGUUCGCGAAUGCAUCGACGAUGCUUGUUUACAAUUCAUUCAUAACCAAAGCAGAGCACAGCUUAGAUGCUCAGGAAUCACUGGAAAUAUUGUUACUCAACGUAGAAAAGGCUCGAUUAACACAAAAUGAUCUACCUGAAUUUGUUAGUAUAUUUAUGGAAUAUUUGAUAUGUAAGACUGCCGAGAUCCUUGAAGGAUAUGAAAAGAUCGAUGUCGAAAGACGACUUCAAUUUUUACGUUAUUUGAUAGAAUAUAUUCGUAUGGAUGAUCGGCAAAGUCCACCGAUAAACAAAGAACUGUUCCAUCAUUUGAUGAUUGAUUUCAACAAAAAAUGUGACGUACUUUUGAAUGCCAAAACUUGCAUCGAUUUAGAUAACUCGGAAGAAUUAUUCACACUACUGAUGCUCUUAUCGGACGCAACAUGCGUGUAUCCAUAUGGACAAUUCUUGCAGUUAUACAAAACAGUUUUCCUGAACAUGGGUUAUCUUCUGCGCCAACUGCAUGAGUUAGGAAAAAGCGAGAACGUAAACAUGUUCACACCAGUUCAGAAGAUAGAAGAGAUUCUCAAAACAAAACAAGGCAAAAGUCAAAUCAAAAUCGAAGAGGAUAUUUCCUUUUCACUAAAAUCUUCAUUAGUGAAGGCACUAGCAAACUUACUAUAUCAAAACAAAACCAAUCAAGAUUUGGCACGAGAGACAGGAUUAAUACAAAUUAUUCUCGAAUGCACCAAUUUAGAUGCGAGAAAUCCACUUAUAAAAGAAUGGACCAUUCUUACCAUCCGCAAUCUGUGUGAGGAGAAUGUGGAGAAUCAAAAGUUUAUUGCUUCUCUAUCGAAAAUAGGGGACGCAGAUAACACGAUUGUUACUGAUUACACUUCAGGAGGAGGAACAAUUAGAAUUACGUCCAGGUCGUCCCAAAAAUAGAUAUAAACAUUUUUGUUGUUAAGUUUUUUAAUACUUCCUCUGCCUAACACAAAUGAACCUUACAAAAACAAUUGACUAGGAAACUGUUCGUAGAACAACGCUGGAAUAGGCCUGCUAAUUGUUUUUCGUUCGAAUCUAAAAAAUUUAUAUUUAAUGUUUUUUGUUUUGUACUAAUAUUUCCUACUUACUGAUCGUAUGGAAUUGUUGAUAAUGUAACAUUCAUUACGCCUGCUGAUAUUUCAGUAGGCCUGAUGGAUCCGAAAAAAUCUGUUAUUGGUACUUUAUAAGGAUCCUUCGGGUACAGAUCUUUCCGAACACCAACCGUUGAAAUACAAACGCGUUUCGGGCAAACGGACAACUUAAAUAAACGUAUGUAUUAUACAUUUUGGAAUGAACUUUAGAACAGAUACUACUUACGAA